GUGAAUAUCCAAACAACUUGUAAAAUUUUAAUGAAAUGUGAAGUUAUGAUUUGUGAAGGGAAACGAGGCCGCAGAAGACAACGAAGGGAUUGGAUUGAAGCACGAAAGCGCAGAAAGCACUCGAAUCAUUGAACAAGAUCAGAUCAGAGAACCAGUAUGUCAAACCAGGUUAAUCCUUUCCACCAUCUCAAAAUUGUACGCAACUCCAACGGCACCAUCACUCGCCUGCGUCGAGACCCACACACCCCACCCACACCCGAUCCCACCCUUCCCAUCCCCGUUCUCACCAACGACGCCCCCAUCAACCAAUCAAACAACACCUUUGCUCGCAUAUUCCUACCCAGCAAAGCACUCCAUCAUUCCCCCAAAAAACUCCCUCUCAUCGUUUAUUUCCACGGCGGGGGAUUCGUCCUAUUCAGUGCAGCCUCCGAUUUCCUUCAAGAUGCCUGCAUAAACCUCGCAAACGACGUCAACUCCAUCGUCGUAUCCGUAGAAUACCGUCUUGCCCCCGAACACCGACUUCCCGCGGCGUACCACGAUGCCGUGGAAGCGCUGCACUGGAUCAAAGCGCAGUCAAACGAUUGGUUGAGAAACCACGCUGAUUACUCCAACUGUUACCUUAUGGGAAGUAGCGCGGGAGCAAACAUCGCGUACCACGCGGCUCUACGUGUGGCUGCGGAGGUUGACCGGGAUUACCUGGGGCCCCUCAAGAUCAGAGGCCUCAUACUGACCCAACCGUUUUUCGGUGGAACAAAGAGGGUGCCCUCCGAGCUGAAGCUGGAAAACGAUCCGGUUUUGCCGCCGCACGUGUGCGACUUGCUCUGGGAGUUGUCCUUGCCCGUUGGCGUUGACCGUGAUCACGAGUAUUGCAAUCCAACGGCCGGUGAUGGGCCUGCCAUUUUGGAUCGGGUGAGGCAACUUGGGUGGCGUGUGCUGGUGACUGGGUGCCAUGGGGACCCACUGGUGCACCAUCAGGUGGCACUGGCCAAGCUCAUAAAGGAGAAGGGUGUGGCAGUGGUGAGCCAUUUUAGUGAAGGUGGCUGUCACGGGAUUGAGGUUCGUGACCGCACCCAUCAAAAGCAAUUGUAUAACCUGGUCAAUGAUUUUAUUGCUUCCUCUUCCUCCCUCCUUGGAUUGGAUGAUUCAGGCUUAACCUAGUACAAGAUUUUAUACUUAAUUGCUUCUGGUUCCUCUACGUUUAGGUUAUUUGAUUUUAGUCUCAAUUGAUCAAUUUUAGUGUCUCCUUUUUUCCCUGAUUAAGCAAGUUUUAAA